UAAAACUAGUUUGUAAUAAGGAAAUACAUCUUUUCAAAUUAGAGAAUCCAAUUCCAGAGUAAAUAAAGAAUCACAUAAUAAAAUUACAUCCUUAAAUAAAAUAGAAAAACUAUAGUUUAAUAUAUAAAGAAGAUGAUGGUGAUUUGAUCAGUAUAAGUUCGGAUGAGGAUUUAAAAGUUUUAAUGGAGAGUUAAGAAUUAAACAGUUAAGAUUACAAUAGUACCAAUGAAUUUAUGGAUUUGUAAGCAUUGUUCAUUUGAAAAUUUAGAAGGAAUCAUUUGUGGAGCAUGUUCUUAAUAUAAAGAACCUGAACCAUAAUAAUAAUAAUAUAAUUAAUCAUAAUAUAUUCCACCAUAUUAUCCACCUUAAUCUUAUCGACCUCCAUCCUUGUAAUAACCACCUUUUAUAUCUCCAUAACAUAUUUCUUAAUUUGGAAUGAUUCCUCCUUAAAUGCCUCCAUAUUAAGGAUAAUUUGGAUUUGGACAUCCUCCUCGUCAUAUGUUUGGUGGUUUUCAUCAUCAUUUUAAACAUCAUAAUCAUCAUAUAAAAUGGCAUAAAUUAAGAGAAAUUCUGAAGGAUCCUUAAUUUAAAUAACAAAAAGAGAAACUAUAAUAAUUGUUAAAGGAAAUGGACAAUAAGAAAUACCAUGGGAAAUUAAUAGUAAUAGUAUUAUUAGUAUAAUUAUUGAUUAAUUCUAUAGAUAUUAGUUAUAAUGGAAUUGGAGUGAUUUAGAUGAAUAAAGGGCAACAAGAUUAGCUGAAGUCUUAUAAUGCUAUUAAGAAUAAGCAAGAGAAUAUUUGAUGAUAUUCAGAGACCUAACAUUAAAUGAAAUAGUUAUGAUGGUGGAAAAAGCAGAAUGA